GUUCGUGUGUCAAUCAUAAUUAAUUAAGUAAUUAAAUAUUCAAUUGAGGAAUGUGAAGAAUUCGAGUUAACCAUUUCAAAACGCGACAACUUUUUAGGUUUAGGAGCGUAUAUUAAUUUCUGUCUAAUGCCUUGAUGACGAAUUCAGUAUAAAAGAUCGCGGUGCUCCUUUAACCACCAAAACUUUCUUAGUCCAUAAAGCAAAAUAAGUUUACCUAACGUUUAACCAUAUUGGUUAAAAGAUGGCGAUGGGAGUGAGCAGGAUAAGGUGGCUAUGGUAUAUUAUAUCAACUACACACGCUAUUGCUUCUGAGCAUGGCUAAGCAUGAGUAAACUGAAAUUAACAUUGCGAAGGCUGGGGGAAAACUUCAAAAAACAAUUUACGGAAUUUUUAAGGAGUGGGGUGAGUUAAAAAUUUUAAGGAGUGGGGUGAGUUAAAAAUUUUAAGGAGUGGGGUGAGUUAAAAGUUUGAAGGUAAUGCAAGGUAAUGAUUUCAGCAAAAUUAUUCGAAUUUUGAAUAGCAAUUGCUUCACUUAUUACGAAUUUUAGCCAAUCUUCGAGACUGCAAACUCCUGCUUGGUACGCCUGGCAGAAUAUAACCAUUCCAAUGCCAAUUUAUGGCGCACAAUCAAGCGUUAUUAUAUAUAAAAGACAAGUAAUAUUGUAUUCACAAAAAGGGAAAACCCCAAUCAGUCGGGGGAAUCCCGUUUCAUUAGGAAAUUAAAUAUGUAUAUGUAUAAACUCAUUGCGAGCGGAUCCGACGACCUUUGAUUGGUUCGAAUUGGUUCUUUACGUUGUAUAACUUGCGAUUCCUGUGGUAAUCAGUAUUGAUCGAUACACUCUUCUCUAUCGAUACAUACUUGUAUUUAUAAAUACUUAUUUAUACAUACUUAAAUUUAUAUAUUAUUUAAUAUUAUAUCUCAACUGGAAGUCUAAAUGUUGACAGUAUUACAAAAGCCCGAACAGAACCUGAUACAGACGUACCUUAUUUACCUCUCUGUGAUUAUUCUGAUUAAAUCUGAUAGCUUUCGCUUCAAAAUCAGGCAUUAAGAAUAUUUUUUCCCGAUUCUUGCAUAAAUCACCCGCUUAAUGAUGUUGAUGGCAAAAAUGUCACAAUUUUCGAAAAAUCGACAACAGCCUAAUUUCUGGAGUCAAAUAAUCCAAAGUGGUUGAUAUCUUCUUUAUUGUCAAGUUUUAUAGUUAAUUUCCUCCAGAAUCUGAUUGGUUGACAAAAAUGUCACGUGAAAGUCAAGAAAUCCGGUUGUCAUGCACAUACAUUUUCGAACAGCGUAACAACAUCACAACCAGGCUUUGCAUAGCAACGCUUGUGCUUGAGAACUAAAGAAUCAAUUUCUCUGAUCAAUUUCACAUCUUGCUCUAAAAAUUUCUCGUAAUCAUGACCGAAAGAUAAAAAGUAAAAUUCAGACAGUUGGGAAGAUGACAGGGACAUACGUGAGGCCGUGAGGGUAUAAAAUACGCGGAAUUUUCAGAAGUGGUUGCUAUGGACGAUUGGACUGGAAUUUGGACAUAAUGAAGAAGUAUUCAGAAAUUGAUAGGUGUAAAGCUGCGUGGAUGUACUUGUACAGACGUAAAAGUUGAGUGAAAAGUUGCGUAUGUAAAUCAGAUUCGUUAUGCGUGGAUCAACAAAUACCACUAGUAUAUAAGGAGUGAUAUAAAGUAGUUAUUUAUGCAUUUCUAUAAUAUAAUGUCAAUUGAUGUGACGGAAGUCAAUAAUUUGUGUGCGAAGCAGAAAAUUCAAAGUUCGCUACUUUGGAGAAGACGUUUCUAAAAGAUAUACAGUUGAAAAUAUGUCGUCACUCGUAAGAGUUUGUUUUCCAUUCAAACAAAGGAAACGAAGCAAGAGAACCAUGAAAAGCGAAAUUACUCAUUUGUUUUGUUUAUCUAUCUGCGCCAUUAUCUGCCAUUGUUCAAGAAGAAUGGCAUUAAAAUGUGCUACUAUUGAAAGCUCUAUUCGUAUUGCACUCCGGAAAAAUAACAGCAAUAGCAUUUCUGCUUGAUGGUAUCCAUGCACAAGCAAAGAUAUAUGAAAGACGUUCUCUGUUAUUUGGUUUAUUACUUACGUCACUUGUAAGGGACACAAUUCACUUGUCAAUCUGUUGGAAUGGAAUGGUUUAACUCCACGUUGGCACAAAGUAUUCGUUUUGUUCAGGAUACUCAAAUAUACCGCGAGGAUAAAUUAUUGAAAACAGUGGGAUUGAAAUUCUUAUAUUUCUGCAAUUCACUCCACCUUAUGGUUGCACCUACCAUGUAGCACUGAACUGGAAUAUAUUACCUUGGCUUCAUUACUCACGUGAAAGUCGCUUUAUUAAAGGUGAUUUUAAUUUAUCACUUCCUCUCCCGACACGAAUGAUGCUUCCAGAUUAUUUCUGCACAUGGAUUAUGGAUAAACCAUAUACCUGUUUAUAGAAGCUCCUAGCGAAAGGAUUGCAUGUUUAAUCAAUUGUUUUGUAUUGAACUUUGGAUUGUUUGAAUUGUGGAAAGUCAUUGAAGACAUGAUGAGUAUGUCACGAAAUUCGGUAAAAGAAGUAAAUAUGAAAUGGAAAAUUAAUUCUGGAGAUAUAUUUCCGUGAUCAUUUUGUCUUUAAUGAAAGAAUGUAUUUAAAAAUACUGGACAGAAAUCGAAAUAAAUACCAUAAAAUGUUCCACUAUGGAAAACUUUAUUUGUUGUGGCACUCCGGAAAAAUAUAAACAAUAGAAUUGGCAUUUCGGCUUAUUAUUUACAAACCAAGACAUAUGAAUGAUGUUCUCUGCUGCUAUAUUUAGUCUCCGUCACUUGUGAGGGACAAAAUUAUAUGUUAACACACUUUGCUUAACUAAAAACAUUGGCGGAUAUAUUGAAAUCAUGAACAAGACUCAAGCAGAAACUGAUUAAUACAGGAAUCUCGAGAUAUUUUCAUGUAUCAGUCGAACGUUCCUUGUUGAAAGUUUACCACGUGAACUGCGUAAUACAAAGUUUACUGAAACAGCUGUUUUUGUUGAAGGAGAAGAAGUAAACACGUCUUAAUCCAAUUUCCAGUAUUUUGGAUCGGUGUGAUCGAUAUUUUGUCUUGAUUAUGACAAUAGUUAUGUUAUUCAUGACGAAUACUAGCUCGGCAUGAAAUAAUCAGGUCUUGUAAAAAGACACGGCGGCACAAACCGUUCCUGAGGGUCGAGAAUUAGUUUGUUCUAACUGUUCUUUGACUGAGGAAGAAAUUGAAGCAACCAAGUGAUAUUUCGGGUAAAGCUGUGUGCCUGAAACUAAAAUUUAAGUAACUGUGAAAUUACAUCGCGACUUUAUGGUCUUUGCAACUGCUGAGUCAAAAGGAAUAUUUACACAGAGGAUAUGCCUUUUAGGUUCCUUGUUGAAAACCUCAGAAUCGGAUCUCUAUUGGUACUGGAUGCCUCGAAACAUACCAACCUCGCAAGCCAGGCUCUUUUACCUACGCUCCACGGCCCACGCUGCGGCAAAGACCCUGGUCAAGGCUGGUCACGUGAUUCUUUUGUUACGCUUCUCCCGUGUGGGGAUGGGUGGGACACAAGUAGCGCAUAGAUCACAUCAGUUAAAACAGCGUGUUUCUAAGGACUGAAUAUUGAGCGCUGUUGUACUGCAAAGCGAAAUAACAUGUGUCGUUAUUGUUAUUUGACCUCUAAAUUCUCUCAUCAACGCCCAAAUUUAGAAGAUAGCACAGGCCUUAGAGUGUCUGUAUUGAAUAUCAACUGAACUUGUGACGAUACUAAAACCGAUUCUAUCGACGAUGAUACAGUCUACACAUAGCACUUGAAUCUAAAUUCGGUUUAUUGCUCUUUUUAGUUUUUUACUGCGCCACACUAGCUGUAUUUAUUUAGUUUAUUGUGUGAACCGCUAUUUUUAGUUGCGUUAGUACAAAGUCAUCUGGAUUGUGACAAGUGCUAAAAAUAGCAGAAAUGGUAUAUCGACUUUGCCACUCCUCCCAUGGAUAUGAACUAAGCGCUAAUUAAAAACCUCCCAUAUUUUGGGAGGUCACAUGACCAGCCUUGACCAGGGUCUUUGCCGCAGCGUGGGCCGUGGAGCGUAGGUAAAAGAGCCUGGCUUGCGAGGUUGGAAACAUACUCGACGAGGUUUUAUCACUGGGAUGAUCCAUCACAAUAAAUAUACUGAUGUAAUUGAGGAGAGUUAUUUGGGAGCUACACGAUACAUCGACAAAUCGCAUCUUCUGGCUAAUUAUAUUUAAUAAAAGCAAAUAUACACAAAAUAUAAGCCCCGUUUACGCUAUACUCAAUUUAAUGGCGUGGCACGGCUGCAAUUGGUACACUUGCAUGUGCCCAGUUUAUUUCUGUUUAGGCUACCAAUACAAAGGCUAGGCAAAGAUGAAAUUGGGCAUGCACAGGUAGCUACCUAUUUUAGCCGUGACGUGCGGUGCCGAGAAAUUGAAUGUAUAAUGCAAACGGAGGUAAAGUUAGAAAGUUAAAACUUUGACUGAUCUUUCUGGCUAAAAGCCAUUUAUCACGGCAAACAUGAAUUAACUAAUUCUGCAAAUUUUUUGACAAUUGAGAAAUUUGCCACGAACAGUUGACUUUUGUUUGCCUUGAUUAUGCCCUUUAGUCCGAGGACUCGGUUAAGUUUUAACUUCUUCAAUUAUUAUUCUGUGUUUUUGCUUAAAUAUAACAGCCCAGAUUGUUGCCGAUACUGCUGCUGAAAUCCAACAAACAACAAUCGAUGGAUGGAUGGAUGCAUAAAGAAUUAAUGAUUGACAAACAACAAAAAAGGCGCUCUUCUGAUUCAUUCCCAUUCAAAAAUACUGGCAAGUAAUCGAAAAAUCAGGCCAAAUCUCUAAAUCGAGGAUGUAUUGUUUGAGUUUGGACAAAGUAACUGGUUAACUUGUAAAAAAUGCUCUUGAAAUGGUGCAGAGCAAGUAUUGUGCUGCAAGAAUUAUUAUGAUGGAAUGGCAUCUGAUUUAACCGUGAUUUUUAAUGAAACUAAUGCUACCUAAAUUAUUUCACGGCGGUUGCGCUGAACAGCAUCAAUCGUAGUGGAUAAAACAUGACCAUGCAAAUUCGUAUAUUUUAUUGCUACAUUUUGGUUGAUAGGCAAAAAUUUUUCCGAAAAGAUUCUCCAAAAAAAAUUUAAACCAGAUUAGCUUAUAAAAAUAACACAGUCGGAAUAAAUCGGAAGAAACAGCGAAAAAUGGAAACCGCGAAAGUUCACUUAAACACUCCUAAAGGGUGUAAUUGGCAUUGGUCAGCCCAAAACGUGGUCGCAAUGUAGACAAAACACCUACACGCGUUUCCUAGAUAACAUAAUCGAUAGCGCUGCCUUGAAAAUAGAGAAAUGCUUUUCUUUGAGGUCCUUAAACUUUUGAAGUAAAGUUUGCAGAAAAUGGCCAUACCAGUGAUACCAGCAUCCAAACAUGGCAAAUCAACUGAUAAGAAUGGCGUGAUCAAUAAUCGAUGGAAUCUCUUCAGAGGUUUUCUCCGCGGUAUUGAAGAUUCGUUACUGAGCGCAUGGGAAUCACUAUCCAGAAGGAAUACCAAACUAGAGCUUCAUUUCUCUAAAGGCGAUCUAGAUUUUGGUUUCGACGAUUCUUCAACCAAACAUGGGCAAGAAAAAAGCGCAUCAGUUUUCUCAAAUGCGGUUGAUCAAAAAGUGAAUUCCGAUUUCUUAAAUGGUCUUUCCGAAGCGAAAGCAUCACUUGAAGAGACUUUGGUUUCCUUAGAUUUGUUACAAAAGUAUCUUAAAUCGCCAAGCGAAGAAAAUGCCAAGCCUUUGCACAAUUAUGCUGGUCGUGAAAAUACCUUUUUGGAUGAAGAUUUGAAAAGAGCAAAAAUACUUUACGAAGCACAGGUCGAGGGAAUGGAAACCGAAGAAAGUGCGUUGAGCAAAAAGAUUCCCAGUCAAGGAGAGGAAAUUGUAUUUACCGAACAUCAGGAGGUUUUGGCUGAUCUUGGUGAACUACUUUUUGAAAAAAAUGCAAAAGAAAGCGCAGAAAGAUGGACAGAACGUUUUCAUGAAAUAUUCCCAACAUCGCAAGGUCUAAUUGUCAGCAAUGAAAGAUCAGAUGAUCCGAAGCCAAGCUACAAAACACCAGCUCGUUCCGAACGUCUUGAAGCAAGCUGCUUCGAUUCUAAUGCGAACGAAUCCCGAAAGGGUGAAAAUGAAAGUCCAGUAACACAAAAACAACUUCGCGAUCGAGGGGAGACAAGCAGCGGAGAGGGAAAUGAAGCUAAAGCAAUCAACGUGGGAGCGUCGACAUCAUAUUGGGUUCAGACAGCAUCGCAAAAUUUGGCGCAAGUUGAAAGUGGAAAAGGUGUCGUGGAAAUUUCAUCUGAAGUUCAAAGCAACUCGAGCCACCAAAAUGAUGAAGAUCUGUCAUUCUCAGUUCAACAAGAUGAUUCCAAUGGAAGAGAGUUCAUAUCUUUGAGUAAUAAGCCAUCAACAUCCGUGGCUGCGAUAUUAUACAACAACUACAAGAUAUUGUUGCUCACUCUCGCUCAAGGUCUUCUUUCUUCUGAUGUUAUAAAACUCAAACAUUGGGCAAGUCAGAAUUUCUCGAUUGAGAACGCUUCAAAUGCUUCAGAUGUAUUUUUCAAACUUGAUGAAAAAGGCGCUAUAAACGCCGAAGAUUUAAGUAAUCUUUGUGUUUUUUUCAAAUCCAUCAUCAGAUAUGAUCUUCUGCACAUGAUUGAUCUAUUCCUUCUUGGUGAUUAUAGUCUACUUCGGCAAGUUCCAGGCCCGAAAAUUCGCCAAGCUGGUCGGAGCACAUCAAGAUAUUUAAAUGUGAGCAUCUUCAAUGGAGAGAUCCCAAUUCCAACCGCAGGAGGUAAUGCCGGAGAUCAAGCAACAAGAAAACCAUUAGGCAGCAACAUGGCUGCUUUUCCAAGCUCUCUGAAAAACCAAAAUACUUCCUCCAAUUCCAAAGUGCCUUUUAGAUCUCGAAAUGAAAAUCAACCCGCAGCGCAUGAACAGCAAGAACUCAAAUCAACUGCAACAGGAUUUUCGUCCAGUAAAGUUACUGACGUGGUCGUUCCUGAUGGUCCUAUUUCCUACGAGAGGAGAAGAAUGACAGCAAACCCGUUGAUAAAAACAAACCAAUCACUACCAAACAACAGCCGAAACCUUCAAACAUUUGGUAGCAAUGGUUUAAAACACUCCAAACCCCAACGUCGUGAUAAAGAGAGUAACAACGGCUUCAAUUCUCGCAACCCCGACACCUCUCGCAACCACCAGGCUCUUGACCAGGAUGAUAAUUGGCUCUGCAGUCAUUAUAAACGACACUGUUACGUGAAAUUUGAGUGUUGUGAUAAAUUUUGGCCAUGUCAUCGUUGCCAUAACAACCAAAGUACUUGUGGAAGAAAGAAACUUAAGUCACGUGACACAAAGAUGGUGAAGUGCGUUUAUUGUAACAAAGAGCAACCAUUUGGAGAGUUUUGCUGUAACUGCAAUGCAAAAUUUGCCAAUUAUUUCUGUGGUUUAUGUUUGCACUUAACUGGUAAAGAUGACCAUCCUUAUCAUUGUGAAAAAUGUGGAAUCUGCAGAAUUCAUGGUGAUCGAUCUUUUCAUUGCGAUGUUUGUGGUGUGUGUCUGGAUGUACAACUUCGUGGAAAUCAUAAAUGUCGUGAAGGAUCUGCUCAUGAUGAAUGUUGCAUAUGUUUGGAGGACGCCUUCACAGGAUGUCAGAUUCUGCCGUGUUCUCAUAAAGUACACAAAGAAUGUGCAACUCAAAUGAUCAGAAGUGGAAUUACCCGUUGUCCAAUUUGCCGGGAAAGUUUCGCUCACAAGCUUGAACGACGACCACUGACAAAACCAGGAAAACGUUUUUGAUAGUAAUUGUGUUUGGCCGCAAGACUUUCAUAAGCUCGACGCGGCUUGCACAGGUCUGCGAUCAUCUCAGUCAGUGGCGGAACUAGGGAUAGUCUGAAUAUAUUACUAAAGCUUUAGUAAAAUCGCAAUUUUUAUUAAUUUUUAUUUUAUAAAAGUCAAUUUUUAUUUAAAAAUAUUCUUUAGAAAUCCAUCACCAAUAACAUUGUUAUUCUUGUGUUUUGUGAAUUUAAAAUUUAGCUGUGUAAUUUUAACUGACUACCGCUAGAUUCGCCACUGAGCCUAUAAUGAUAUCGUCAUCAAACUGGAUGUUGAAUACGAUACCAUAUCUGCGUUGAACGUAGAGCAGCAGGUCAACGAGCACUUGAAUUUCUUACCUUGCUGGCCAUUCUCACAAUUACUGUCAUUUAACGUGUACUUCAUAUCUCAACUGUAUCUUAUAUUCAUCAUUAAUUGACUAUUGAUAGAUAUUUUCUAGAUAUAUAACCAAUGUGUUUGUUCUGUCAGUUCUAUAUGAAUGAAUUUAAAGGAAAAAAGUUAUACAAAAUUUAUUUACAUGAGUCCAGAGCACUGAUCUGGUGAUACACUGCAUGCAUACGAAAACUAUACCAAUAUGAAAAGAAGUCUAUAUUAUGAUUUCGGAGCUCCAGUAGCCACUCAUUUUCAUUGGAAACCACAUUUUUUAACCAAGAUACUUUUUAACGGCCAGUCUUUUAAAAUAUUUCAUGAUCUUAAAGUCACGAGUUCAGUUGGGAGCGCCUCCCAUAAAGUUUUUUCUCUGGCUCUGUUUUGCGUUUCUGGAACUAGGUCACCUUUUCUGAUUUUAUUUUUCAAAGACUGGUAUACUUUCAGUAUACUUUUAUCCAUUCAGUUUGUCGUCAUAUCAGUGGCAAGGAUUUUAAGUAGUUUUAAUUAUAGUUGUAGAAAAUGUUAAGCAAAUGAUAUAAUUUGCACAUUUAGUAAUCGUUCAAUGUAUUUAAUUAAUAUCAAUGUACUUAAUUGUUAUAACUACUAUAUGCUUAUAAUUCAAUAUGAAAUAUACAUUUGUGAAAAAAACUAUUAACUGCCACAGUUAAUAAGACACAAAAUUGCUCUAAUAUUUCCCGUUGUUUGAUUAAACCUUAAUAUUCCUUA